CACUAGACGAUAUAAAAAUGUCUACUUCAUAAGAAGCACAUCACUCUUAUGUAGCAUCUAAAAAAGUUGUUUAAUUUCAUAUAAAUCGUGUUUCGAAGAAGAUCAAACAAUUUCCAUUGAACAAUCGAGUGGCUCGGCAACACUUUCGAACCAUAGUUAUCGCAUAGAACAUAAAGUUUGGAGGAUAAUAGUGCCAGUGUGUUUUCAAUGCCGCCAUUUUACCACUUGAUUACUGUACCCCAAGGUGGACAUUUGCGCGGAGGAAUACAUUUGUGAGCAGUUGAUAAUCAAAACGAAUCGAAUUUGUUGAAAGUAUCAAAUCGAGCGUCUGGCAUCGCUGAGAGCAGCUGUAAUCAACUCAAAAUACGAAGGAAAUUUUCCGUACAAAAUUCAUGGAGUACUUCAUGGAACGCGAUGAAGCCCCGUUGCAUACCGCCACCUACGAGAACUGUUUUCCGACCCAUUGCGUCAAAGUCAACGGUGACAGUUCACCAGAACAACAAAACAUCAGCCACAACAGUAGCAGUGCAACCGAUAUGAUUGAGUCAUCGGCGGAUGUGAAUGAGUCGGAUGCGACGAGAAAAGCGGAAAUUGGUCCUGGCUGUGAUGAGUCUAGUAUUUUGAAGCGUAAACUUAGCGAAAUCUAUUCGGACACAACGUCAUUUUCGGCACCGACAUCGCCACACCACAAAAAGCCCCGAACAGAGAAUGUGGACGGUAACGGUGGACUGGAUGAUACACUGCAAGAGCAGCAGGAGAACGGUGAAUUGUUUUCGAAUUGUGUGAAAUGCGACGGUUUCGAAACGUUGUUCAAUCCGAAAGCGUUCAAGAGCACCGACGAAAUGACGUACUUAUGGAAGCAGAAGCUGCAGUUUAGCGAUCUGGGCAAAAUAUUCGGAAACGUCGAAAUGACCACCGACCACGAUCCGAUGAAGAAAUUCGAAUACGCCCAGUGCUUCGGCAUACAGCCGACGGUGAAAUUUCAAUGCAUUAUUUGUUCCGAUUCAAAUUUCACCACCUUGAGCGAACUGACGCAACACAAACGCUUCUGCCAGAAGGUUCGGAAAGGUGAAAAGAUGCCGUGCGAAAUGGUUGCCGAUUCGAAUCGACGCAUCAUCGACGAGGACAUCCUGAAUGAGACAACCAAAACCAUUCAGAUGGACACACAGAUUCGGAUCACCCGCAAAGUGUUUCUCUGUUCAGCGUGCGGGACGUACUACGAAAAUUGGAGCUUAUACGACCACAUCAAACGAGUGCAUGCACGUUUCUUCUGUCUGCACUGUUUGGGUAUAUUUCCUAGUGCCGAACGGUUGGCAUCGCAUUUGGAGGUGAAGCACAGCAUCAAGCCGGUUAUCUACGAAAAGAAGCAACAGUUUCUCGACUCCAUUCUCGGCCAGUGUUUCAUAACGUGCGUCAAGUGCUCGAACAAUUUCAGCGAGACCGACGACUUUACGAACCAUUCGUGCGAAAAUUAUGUUCAGCCGUGCUCGCUGUGUGGUGUAAAAUUUAGGCAUAAUGCGAACUGCAAAGCGGCAGCCAAUAAGAAAGUGGUCAAACAUAAACGACCGUCGAACAGACAUCGAAAAGGGCCGAGUCUGGUCAACAAAUCAUUUGAUAUGAACGGCAGUGAUAACGCAUUGCGUCAACAUGCGGCUAGUGAUUUAAUCGAGCAGAUGAACGGACCGGGAAGAGAGGUACCGGAAACGGGAGGACGAGCGGCAGAACAAACAAAUCAUUCAAUUGUCGACAGUACACCCGACAAAGACUCAACAUUCAACUAUCAGGCGAUGCUAAAUGAUGUCACGAAGUUUUCGCCAGCCGCCACAUGCGUCGAGUCACCCUCAGAAACAAUACCAACCGAUAAUGAUCACCAACGAAAUGAUAGCAGUUCUAGUCAAAUUAGUAGCAUUCUUAAGCAAGAAUUUGGUGGUCUACCGAUGGGUUUGCGUGGCUCAAACGUUGCGAAUGGUUACCUCGAACCGGAUGACAAAUUGUUGCAGUCAACCGAAGUCCAGUCAAACGACGAAUCAAUUCACGAGAACGGCGAAAUCGAAGACGACGACGAUGAGAGCGAUAGCAGUCCGUCGCCGUCGCCUAAUGUUGAAGAAAAACCACUGUUGGUGCCAAAGUUGAAAUUGAAUUUGAAAAAUUUCCAAGCUCCCAUCAUCGAAUCGGAGGAAUCGUCAACGGAAAGUGACGACGAUGACAUGGGUCCGAAUGCCGACGACGACGAGCACGAUGAACCCGAUGAACCAAACGAACCGAAUGACCUUCGAUUGAAUCAAGACGAUUUUCGACCGGUUGCGUCUCAGGACGAAGAAAUGGUGGCGAAUCAUGACGAUGAUGUAUUAGAUGACAGUCAGACAAACGAAGUUAAUGUCGAAGAGGAGGACGAUAACGAUGAAGAUGAGGUGGAACGGAAGUCUGUGCCGAACGUACCGGCGGAUGGUAUUGAUAUUGCUGGUGACGAUGUUGUAGCAGUUGAUUUGCUGCUGCAUCAACCAUUGGACAAAAUUCCAGUACGAGAUUUCCUUCGAAUUUGCUUGCAGAACACAUACCCCACUUGUCUGUACUGCAACCAUGCAAGAAAAAUUUCGGUUGACGGUAACAGCCUGGCGCUACACAUGAUAACAGCUCACCGCUUUACGGCAACCGUUGACAGUAUAACGGCCGAAGAACUUCUGCCCACAACCAUCGUUCAGCUGAUCAAGUCCUCACUGGACGAGCUGAGCGGCAUCUACUUUAAUCUCGAUUCAUACGACAGCGCCGACAAAGAGUUCACCAUACCGUACGAGAAACAGUACGAAUGCUUUCAGUGUCGCUUCCAGUCUCGCGUUCACAAGGACUUGUACCUGCACAACCGGAAAAUGCAUCUCAAAUCGAUGAUUAUGUGUCUGAUGUGCAAAGCAAACUUUUACAGCUACAGCGAACUGGUGUGCCACAUGUGUCCGGGUAGCAACAAAAAACUUGUGCCAUUCGAACUAACGUUUCGUUGCGUUCUAUGCAAUCUGGACAACAUUCCGUCGGCAUUUCGGUUAAUGGUUCACCUGCGGAAAAAGCAUUUUGCUUGCGACGUAUGUCUGGAGGAAUGUUACGAUCAAAGCAAACUGUCGUCACACGUGUGGAAGCACAAAUUACACCAUUUGUGCUACCGGUGCGGUAUAGCAUACCGUAACAAGCCGGACAUUACAAAACAUCUGUUCUGGAAGCAUGGCACGGAGAGUGUGGUGUGCAAACGAUGUUUGCACAAGAAAUGGCCUCACGUCUACCACUUCUGCAUUCCUCCAUCGACAUUCGACUGUGAAACGUGUGGCAUGUCAUUUUCAAAGGCGGUGGCACUCAAGGUUCACAAACGUAUCCAUUCGGAGGACGCACCGUAUCCAUGCACAGAGGUUGGAUGCGAACAAAAAUUCAUUUCGCGGAAACUGUUGCUGAAACAUGUCGCCCGGCAUUACAUGCCAAUUGAAGAAAUCAAGCAGGAAGAGAUUCCACUCAAACAAGAGCCAAUGGAGGAAGAACCCAUUGUACCGGAAGAAGUGACUGCCGAAGAACAAUCGACUGUCGUCGAGGUUGAAUCGGAAGAAAAGAAAACUAAAAAAUUGAAAAAACCAAAAUCCGUUCGAGACGCAUGCAGAAACCUAAUGGACAUCAUUGAUCUGCCUGCACCCAAUUUGUCGGAAAGUGAUAGCAGCGAAGAGUCGGACAGCGAUCGACCGCCAAUUCCCAUAACAACACCGGCGUUCAUUUCGAUUCCGGUUGACGAUAUGACAACUGAAUAUGAUCCAAUAGCUCGUCGCCCGGAAACCGAAGAUGAACUUGCACCUCCGCCACCCGUGAAAGACAUCUGGGAAAAGUUCAGAUCGUAUCAAGCCAGCCAAAUUCAUAAGCAAUCGAUUGACGAUGAAACUGAAAUCAUCGAAAUGGCUCCACCGCCCAUCCUGCAUGUCGCUCAAUCUGAUCACGACUAUGUCUGCAUGUACAAACCGUUCAUAGAGAAGCAGAAGGAAAUGAAAAUGGAUUCACCCAUCGCUGCCAUUGAAUCAAUCGAGCAAACUUUAAUCAACAUAACCGAAGGCGACAAACCUGUGAUAAUUGAACAACCGCAAGUGAUUCAGGAGCCGAAUACAAGUCCAGUCAAAUCACCCGAAAAGUUGUCACCAAAGAAGGGCUUCUCGCCGAAGAAAUGCCUCGUCAACACGAAAUCGGACUCGUCAUCCGAUUCCAGUGACUCGGACUCCAGCUGUUCGUGUGGAUCGAACUGUAGCUGUACGACAUCGAGCAGCGGUUCCAGUUCGUCCAGUUCGUCGGACAGUGACAGUUCCAGUUCGGAAGGACGUCGUAAAUUGGAACUAAAAAAAGUGCUGAAACAAGAGCGCGACCGGGUAAAGUGUGAGAAUGCAAAUUUGUCGGACAACAUCGACGUUGUCAAUACGGACAAAACCGAUGAAAAGGUUACCAACGAUCCGGACUCGGUGAUAUUUGAGUCGGAUUUGGAAACUGACGAAUCCGAAACCGACGAAGAUUUCUAUGACGAGCAUCCGCAGCGUUUGGCCAAUCAGUUGCUAGCCGAAAAGCGGAAACAAUUGAUGCAAACGUGUCUGAGUCCGAUGAACAGCUUUGAUAUAAUCGAAAACAGUCGACCGUCGACGCCGUCACUACCGGAAGAAAUGAUCAAAGAGAAGAAAGUGAAAGUGAAAAAGCGGAAAAAGGAUCGCAAGAGCUCGAAAAAUGUGCCGUCGUUGAAGCUCAACAUUCCAUUGAAGUUAAUUGAACCGAUAUCCGAAUCGACACCAAGCGUGACCGUUCCCGAACCAUCGACGCCAACAUUCAAUUCGUCCAGUGUGGAGGGAAACAAAGUCAAAAUUUCGAUUCUGGCCACGAAACCGAACAAAUCGACAAAGCCCAGUGCAACCAGUUCGAACAACGUAUCGCGCCUGAGUACCGGCAGCAGUUGCUCGGACAUUGAAACGCCAUUGAAACGAUCGCAACGGAGACGCAUUCCCAAUAAAUUUUACGGUUACCACAGCGAUGAAGAUACCAGUGACGUGCUGGCGAAUCCAUUCAAACCGACACCACCGCCGAAUUUAACGUGGCAUAAAGAAGAUCUGCCGCAAACUCCAACCCUCGUUCGAACACCGCCCAUCAAAACAGUCAUCAAAUUAAGCACAGCCACAAAUUUCAAAUUGACUCAACCCGACCAUCAUCCACCGGCUCAACUAUUCGAAUCAAAGUCGUUCAUAUCACCGAAACCCUUGCCACCACAUAAACUAUUUCAGUCAGCUCAGCCGCCCAUCCCACCAAUAAUAAUUCGUCCGAAUCGGAUCCAACAACAACCUCCACGCGUCGAACCGCUACGCGUUCCAGCUGUGCCAGUUCGUCACAUCGCUGCAACACCAGAUUCAGAUCAAUCUGCCAGUGAAUCCGACAGUGAAUCCAGUGACGAUCCAGUGACAUUGCAAAUAUCGCAACCGCAACCAUUACCAGCGCCAGUCGUUGCAGCCCCACCAACAAUUCCAAUCAAUUUCCAAUCGAAUCAAAUUCGCUACCCGAUAAUGCCACCAGCUGGAUGUCGACCUGCACGCGAAGGCGAAAGUGUCUAUUGCUACUGUCGCUGUCCGUACGACGAAGUGUCCGAAAUGAUCGCUUGCGAUGGAUCCGAUUGUGCGAUCGAAUGGUUCCACUUCGAAUGUGUGAAUAUAAUGGUACCGCCGAAAGGGACCUGGUACUGUCCACAGUGUCGACCGAAAUAUAUGAGUGACAGCCAGAACACGUAUGAAGGUAUCACAUAAUUCUGCUGUGAAAGUGAAUUUUUGUUAUUUUUUUGAGUAAAAUUUCCUUUUUCGCAUCUCGUUUAAUAAAUUUAUUCGUUUGUUAUCAUGUCAA